GCCCUACUACUGAGCUACUGAUGAAUUGAUGAUAGUACAUUGAUACCUUCUCCUCAAAAGAAGAGUUGAAAUUUCUUCCUUUCAAGUUUCAAGUAUAAAACCCCAGAAAAAACCCCAAAUUAUUUCUUGUCACCUUGUGUCUGCCACCUCAAGAAAAGCUGUUGCUGCUCCUAAAAUGUACUCUAAAUUACUAAUUAAUCAAGUUCUUAACCCAGAAAAAUCCCACUUUUUUUGACUCAUUAUUACAACCAUCCCCCUUUUCCUGAACCUCAAAUUCGAGAAAACGCUCUUUUUCUCUCAAAAAGCUCUCAUUAAUCCCUAAGAAUAGAUAAAGAACAUACCUUUCUCUCUCAAAAAUGAGGAACUCCCUUCAAUUAGCUGCAUUUUUCUGCUUUAUUUUACUGCAAACCUCCAUUUUUACUGCUUUAAGUUAUGAUGAUUUUGAACCUCCAGAUGAUGAAUGGGAGUCUGCUACUGCUACUUAUAUCAAAGAAGCUAACGGGUCUAUCAUUACAGAAGGGGCAUGUGGGUAUGGUGACCUUCACAAGACAGCAUAUGGAAAUUAUGGAACAGGAUUAAGCACAAUAUUGUUCAACAGAGGGAGUAGUUGUGGAGCUUGUUAUGAGGUGAGGUGUGUUGAUCAUAUAAGAUGGUGUGAGCCUGGGAGUCCUUCAGUUGUUGUUACUGUCACUGAUUUCUGUGCUCCAAACUAUGGUCUUUCUACUGAUUAUGGUGGCUGGUGUAACUUCCCUCGCCAACAUUUGGAAAUGUCUGAAGCUGCUUUUACUGAAAUUGCUGUCAAAUCUGCUGAUAUUGUUCCAAUUCAGUACAGGAGGGUGGAGUGUGAAAGAGAUGGUGGGAUGAAGUUCACGAUAACUGGAAACGCCAAUUUUUACCAAGUACUCAUAACAAAUGUGGGAUUGGAUGGAGAAGUAACAGGAAUGAAAAUCAAAGGGUCAAGAACAGGGUGGAUCCCAAUGGCAAGAAACUGGGGACAACUUUGGCAAUGUAAUAUCAAUCUCAAAGGCCAAUCUUUGUCUUUUGAGGUCACUACUAGCAGUGGGAAAUCAGUGACUUCUUACAAUGUGGCUCCUGGAAACUGGCAAUUUGGUCAGAUCUUUGAAGGCAAACAAAUUUACAAUUAUUAGCUCAAAAUUAUUGGAAACUGUUUGGUUGUUGCAUUUUGAGCUUAUUUGGCUUCAAAGAGGCCUGAAUUUUGUAAACUAAACAAAGUCCUCCCUCUGUAAUCUCGGAAAAACCCAGAAAAGAUUACGGGAAGAACAAAAAGAUAAGGAGAAAGGGAAUAUCAAUGAAUUGAACUUGUGGUAAUUAAAUGAAAAUCUAUUGAUUAACUCAACUUUACAA